GCAAUCAUUCUUUGUAAGUUGGAACAAGUAUUUCCGCCUGGUUUCUUCGACUCAAUGGAACAUUUACCUGUGCAUCUUGCAUAUGAAGCCUUUCUUGGUGGACCAGUUCAAUAUAGGUGGAUGUAUCCGUUUGAAAGGUUCAUGGGUGAUUCAAAGCGAUCAGUGAAGAAUAAAGCAAGAGUUGAAGGUUCUAUAUGUGCACAUUACCUGCAUCGAGAAACAUCACAUUUUUGCAGUCAUUAUUUCAAUCACUUGAUGUUAACUCCUAGAACCAUACGGAAUCCGGUAAAUGUCAACCAGAGGAGUCAAUUCACCUUAUCAGUAUUCGGUCUUCCAGGUCGACCUUCUGGAAAGAAGAGUGUGCAUUGGUUGACCCAGAAAGAAAUGCAAUCCGCACAUGUCCAUGUCUUGAUCAACUGCGUCGAAGUUAAACAAUACCUUGAGGAAUUUAACAAUGCCUAUUUUCAUAGUACCGGUGUACAGUCAACAUCCGGCGUCAUUCAUGCUCAAUUUCCCUUAUGGUUCAAGCAAAGAUUGUCUACCGUGUUUCCACCAACUCCAGAAAUACUCCAUUUGAGAAACUUGGCAGAAGGCCCUAUCCAAAGCGCAAAUGAAUGGCACACAUACUUCGUGAACGGAUAUAAGUUUCACACUGAGGCAUGGACCGAAGGGAAAAAAACCAUAAACAGUGGUGUAUUUGUAAAAGGAGUUACAGAUGGUGGUGAAGAUGACUUUUAUGGAGUUAUUAAACAUAUCUACGAGUUGGUAUACCAUUACAUGGAUUCAGACAAUAAAGUUGUCUUGUUUUAUUGUGAAUGGUAUGAUCCAAGUAGAGGCACGAAAAUAGACAGGUCAUACGGUACUGUUGAGAUUCAAAUGAACCGGAAAUACAAAGAGUAUGAUCCUUUCAUAAUGUCAAAUAUUGUUAGGCAAGUUUAUUAUGUACCUUAUCCUUCAUUUGUGACACGUAAAAGAGGGUGGUGUGUUGUAAUAAAAACAAAACCGCAAGGUCAUAUUGAAGCUAAGCAGUUGGGGAGAAGACCAUUGAUGCCUGAGCUGAUUUCGAGGACCCGGACAAGGAGAUCAGGAGGUGUUGUCGACGAGCGCACGAGGAUGUACUUUGGCAGCCCCCUUCUUGGUUGGGUUAAAGGUAACUGUGACGGUUCUUUAUUGGAUAAUAGUAGCGGUUGUGGUGGUGUCUUUCGAAAUCAUCUUGGUAAUUUUCUGGUAGCUUUUGUUGAGCCUUGUUUGAGGCUUUGCUCCUUACAUGCCGAAUUUGCUGCGGUGUUCAGAGCAAUUGAGAUUGCUGCAGAUAAUGCAUGGUCAAAGCUUUGGAUUGAAUCUGACUCUCUUCUCGUAGUCCAAGCUUUUUCAAAGGAGACUCUGAUUCCUUGGCAACUCAGGACUAGAUGGUUGCACUGUAAAUCUAUUCUUGUUCACAUGGAUUUUAUCAUCACUCAUAUUUUUAGAGAAGGCAAUUCAUGUGCCGACUAUUUUGCUAACGUAGGUCGUAGUGUCACUUCUCUAACUCUUUUUGAUGUCAUCCCUAUAGCUAUUAGAUGUGAUUUUGUAAAAAAUAGAUUAGGGAUGUGUUUUUACAGGUUCCGUAAUUGCUGA